AUGGACUACGACGAUGACUACGAGGAUUACUCUCAAGACGAGGGCUUUGAUGAGGAUAAGUUGACCAACGAAGAGUAUGAGCAGCUUCAUGAAGUUCUCCCCAAGCUCCGCAAGCAAUUAGCAACCUACAACGAUGAGAUCCCAGAGUACGAUUUGAAGGAGGCUCUUUACGCGAAUUAUUGGGAUGUGGAUGCUUCGUUGGCCGAACUCAAAACCCGAUUUAAAAAAACAGCACUGUGCGAAAAUCUUUUUGGGCAGGUCAGUGGUAAGGACAUGAGUAAGCUUGCCCAAUUGGCUAAGCUACGAGCACAGAAGACUACAGCCACCCCUAUUGAAUCCCAGAAUGAAAAUCCGUCCAACAUGCGAGCGUCUAAGUUGGCAGCGUUAGCUCAAACCCGCAAAAAGGAUGGUCUGACUGGUGCAGACCAUUUGCCAUCGACGAAAAGUCUACUGAAACUUCAAAGUUUACGACAAAAGAGGUUAUCCAGUAAGGUGGCAGACACCAACGGCGCUGAUGAGGUGCUGUCUAUUGAUGUCGAUCCUUCACCUCCCCCAACGGAAACUAUUACACCAGAGGUAGCUAUAUCAGUUGAUGUUUCCGUGAGCCUGACAUUAUUACUGUCCCACCGCCACAUGUCAAUAGGACGCACACCUGAAGAACCAAGAGCCAAACGAAUGCGCUAUUCGAUCAUUACUAACCACGAAAUCCCCGCAGAAAAGGUUAAACAAGUGGAACAAAGUUUCUCGAAACCUCUGCCUGAUGAUGUUGUCAUUGAGGCUCAAGAACAAGCAUUCAAGAAGGUUGGCGACCUUAGUUUAAAUGACAAGGCCGAUAAAUCUCUCAAGUCAACGAAGCCGUUCAAAAAGCUCGACUUGGCUGUGGAGAUCGCUCAAUCUCCUGAUUUCGCUAAACCGCACCGCUCGUUUGUUGUGAUUGGUCAUGUUGAUGCUGGUAAGCUGACGUUGAUGGGUCGAUUGCUCUACGAUUACGGUAUUGUGGAUGCUCGCACUGUCAAUAAGCUUGUCAAGGAUGCAGAGAAAGCCGGGAAGGGGUCUUUUGCCUUAGCAUGGAUUUUGGACCAAUCACUGGAGGAGCGUACUCAUGGUGUUACGAUCGAUAUUUGUGCUACAGAUUUGGAGACUCCGUUAAUCAAAUUCACUGCCAUUGAUGCACCCGGUCACAAAGAUUUUGUCCCCCAGAUGAUUGGCGGUGUAUCUCAAGCUGAACUUGCAUUGUUGGUAGUGGAUUCUAUAACUGGUGAGUUCGAAGCCGGUUUUGCUUUGGACGGCCAAACCAAGGAGCAUGCCAUUCUCGCCAAAAACCUUGGUAUUGAACGGAUUUGCGUCGCUGUAAACAAGAUGGACAAGGAAAAUUGGAGCGAGGUGCGAUUUAACUCUAUGAGAGAACAGCUUCUUGAGUAUCUCUGCAGUGAGGACGUCGGGUUCCAGCCCAAUCAAGUCGAUUUUAUUCCAAUUUCCGGUCUCACUGGCGUGAAUGUUGUGAACAGGGGCGAUGUUCCUGAGCUCAAGUGGUAUGAAGGGCCAACUUUAGGUCAAUAUUUGGAAAAUACCGCGUUGUCGACCGAUAUCAAGAAUGCCACCGAACUUCUAAAACAAGACUUCUACUUGUCGAUCCACGAUUGCCAACGUGACAAAGGCGCACUUAGAGUCAGUGGCAAAGUUCUGAGUGGGGUUAUCCAAGCUGGUGAAACGAUCGUCGUACUUCCUGAGGAAGAGAGACUUCAGGUUCAAUCCCUCAAGGUCGGUAAUAAGCAAGUUGACUUUGCUGUUUCUGGACAGUUGGUGGAAAUGUCGUUCAAGGCGUCACAACUCUCGAACGACAAUACUGACGCGCUUCGCAAUGGUGACUUGGUGACAAAUCAAUCAUCUGGAGCCAAACUGGUUCAAAAAGUCAAGGUUGAACUACACUUAUUCAAUUUACUGAAGCCGUUGGUUGUUGGACAACCGUUCGUGUUGUUCCGGAAUAACACACACGUACCAGCUCGCAUCACUCAAAUCAUUGAGGUCAAAAAUGCAAAGAAGAAGAAGAAAAUGCUUCAUUUGUCGAGUCUCCUGGAUGCUGUUGUCGAAAUUGAAAUUCUGGAGGGCAAGUUACCUUGCACCACUUACGUCGAUAACAAGGUUUUGGGGCGGGUGGUCAUUCGAAGAGAAGGAACAACUAUCGGUGCGGGUCACAUUGAGGAAUUGAUAGAAUAG